UCUAUAAUACGCGCUACAACCACGAAGUCACAAGACCAAACUUUUGAAUUUAUAAACAUGAAAUCAAUGUUCACAAUUCUGAUCAAUAAAUAAUCCCGUCUUAGAUGGAAAAUUUCACAACCAUCAGGUAUUCAUUACUAGUACGAUAAUUCUGUAUUGUUGUCUACACUUGUUUUAGCUACAAUGGUAAACUUCUGAGAAAUUCAGUUAAAGUUUCACACUCAGGGAAUUGGCGAAGCAAUAUAUUUCUAUUUAAUUUCUAUUAAUGAAGAUUCUAUUGUCCAGAUGAUACAUAAUACGUCACUCCAAAUGAGUGAAAUUACAAUUGGCUCAUUUGGUGAACAAACCUUAGACGCGUUAUUAGAAGCUGAAGACCGUAGAUGUAAUAGGAAUAAUGCUCAGCACUCUAAAAUUGCAACUGAGUCCAGAGCUGCAAAGUCGACUUUUGUUUCUCUCCGAAAAAGGACAGAGAAUGUCAUCGGUAAGCUUACAACCUGCAAUGUCAAUUACUUCCAGAAGCACGACGAAGAAGCAAUUACAAUUAACGAUACCAACGUAGACAAAUAUUUUCAAGAUAGUAUAGCUCUUUCAAAAAUUGUCACUCUUGAUUUGGAACCUGGAACUGACAGUCCCAAGGUUACCGAUGGUGUCUCUAAAAAAAAGACUUGCCCUAGAUUGAGCAAAAUGAAUAAUAGCAAUAAAAAUCAUCCGGAAGGUAAAAGAGCCCAGAUUUUUCAAAGACGUUCAACUCAGGCUUCCCAGCCAACCAAAAUGACCAAAAUUCAAAAAUCAAGACAUGAUGGAAACUUGCCAAUGAAUGUGCUUGUCAUUGAGAGUUUGAAGGAUGAGUAUUCAAGUGAACAAGAAAAAGUAGAAACCAUAGUUAACAAGCAUUUGAAGGAAGCAAUCGCAUCAAACGCCACAACUGGAAAUAGUAUUACUUCUGUUGUCAACAAAGCAACUCACUUCAACAAAAAGCAUCACGGACCAAAUAGUACUCCAAAAUUAUCUAUUAGUGAAUUAAAACUACAAACCAUAGCACAAAAAACUCAUGAAACAGAGUUAAUUGAUAGAAAGGCAAUUGCAGCACAGAUCGAAAAAUUUCCUGAUGACAAAGAAAAUAAUUUGAUUAUAGCAAAUAGUAAAACAAUAUUCCAGAUUGACUUGAGUAAAGAAAGCUCAAUUGUUUCCAUGCAGGAUAGAUGUAAACUAUCGGCAUGGGGAGUACCGUCAAAUAUUCUCCAGAAAUAUGAGUCAAGAGGCAUGGGAAUAAUGUUUCCUUGGCAAAUGGAAUGUUUGUCUAACUAUCAAGUGCUUGAAAACAAUAAAAAUUUGAUUUAUUCAGCACCAACCUCAGCAGGAAAAACUUUAGUUGCUGAAAUACUCAUUAUGAAAACAGUAUUGGAACGGCAGAAAAAAGUCAUAUUUAUCUUGCCAUUUGUCUCAGUUGUCCGAGAAAAAAUGUUUUACUUUCAAGAUCUGCUAUCGAGUAGUGGAGUUCGAGUCGAAGGUUUUAUGGGCGGAAAUGCUCCUGCAGGGGGACUUCCUGCUACUCAUAUAGCAAUAGCAACUAUCGAAAAAGCAAACUCAUUGAUAAAUCGCUUAAUGGAAGAGGGAGGCCUUUCCUCUUUGGGGGCUGUGGUCGUGGACGAGCUUCAUCUUCUGGGUGACCCACAUCGUGGCUACUUGCUCGAACUGCUACUCACAAAACUAAAAUAUAUGACAUUGAGAGAAGAGCAGGUAAACAUCCAACUUAUUGGCAUGUCUGCUACACUUCCAAAUCUUAGUCUGUUAGCUGAGUGGUUGGGUGCGGAGCUUUUUAAGACGGAAUUCAGACCAAUUGCACUAAAUGAACAAUACAAGAUAAACAGAACUAUUUAUAACAGUAAAUUCAUGCCCACAAGGGAGCUCCAUCCAAUACCAGAGUUAUGCAAUGAUCCGGACCAAAUACUCCAGUUAUGCAUUGAAACCAUUGCCGAUGGACACAGUACAUUAAUAUUUUGUCCAACUAAAAACUGGUGCGAAAAUCUAGCCCACCAGGUGGCUGCGAUAUUUUUCAAAUUAGGUAGUGGAGAUACCACACUUGGGCAAAUUCUUAGAAAACAGUUGAACUCGGACGCAAUUGCGGAAACACUGUGUCAGCUUGAACGAUGUCCUGCUGGUUUAGACAACGUUUUAAAAGGUACCGUCUCAUUUGGUGUCGCUUUUCACCAUGCAGGACUUACCAUGGAUGAACGAGAUAUCAUCGAAUGCUCUUUCAGAAUUGGAUCACUCAGAGUUCUUAUAGCAACAUCAACGUUGAGUAGCGGAGUGAAUUUACCAGCUAGAAGAGUCAUCAUCAGGUCAUUAGUGUUCCACGGUAAAGUGAUAGAUACUCUCACAUACCGGCAAAUGAUUGGACGCGCGGGUCGUAUGGGAAAGGAUACCGCAGGCGAAAGCAUAUUAAUAUGCAAACCAAAUGAAAAAAGUACAGUUAAGUAUUUGUUGGCUGCGCCUUUAGAUCCCGUACGAUCUUGCUUAGAAGGAUCAGGACCGCUGGUCAGAGCAUUGCUAGAAGUUGUGGCAAGUGGAGUUGCAUGCACAUCGGCAGACAUUGAUCUUUAUAGCAGGUGCACGCUGGCUAGUUUUCAGCCAAAAAAUAACGUUCAAAGGCUCACCCAAGAAGCUAUGGAGUUUCUGACACUGAAUGAAUUUAUUAUAGCACGUGAAAUAGAGGAUAAACAGCACCGAUGGAUGGCCACGGCUCUUGGCAAGGCAUGUCUUGCAUCGUCCGUUCCUCCGUCAGAUGGAUUAUUCUUAUUUGAAGAGUUGCAAAGGGCCAGAAAAAGCUUUGUCUUGGAAACAGAUCUACAUAUCAUAUAUCUAGUUACACCGUUUAAUUCCAGCAGCCUAAAUGGACAAAUUGACUGGAUGAUAUUUUUCAACUUAUGGAAAUCUUUGACCGAAUGUGAACAAAGGGUUGGACGGAUGGUUGGAAUCGAAGAGAAAUUUUUAGUGUCUGCUAUUCGGGGACUUGCUAAACCCGGCAAAAAGCAAAGUAUUCACCGAAGAUUUUUCACUGCGUUAGCACUGCACGAUUUAGUGAAGGAAGUUCCAUUGACUACAGUUUCAGAGAAAUAUGGAUGUAGUCGAGGAAUUUUACAAAGCUUACAGCAGUCUGCCUCAACUUUUGCCGGAAUGGUCACGCAGUUUUGCAAACAAUUGGGAUGGGAUUGUAUGGAACUAUUAUUUUGCCAGUUUCAAGUUCGUUUGCAAUUUGGAGUUUGUAGAGAGUUACUGGAUCUGCUACGUCUGCCAAUGCUCAAUGGUCUUCGCGCUAGAAGUCUUUACAAGGAUGGAAUCAAGUGUGUGGCAGACCUAGCAACUGCUAAUGAGCUUGCUGUCGAACGUGCAUUACACAAAGCUCUACCGUUUGAAAGCGAAAAGGAGCAGGAUGGUGAACACAUGCUGGAAACAGCAAAAAGAAAUAAAGUUCGAAGUAUCUUUAUCACUGGACGGGACGGACUCACUCCGUACCAGGCGGCAGUGAUGUUGGUACAGGAAGCUCGCACCUUAGUGCAGCAUGAAUUGGGUAUCAAGGACGUGUACUGGCAGCAAGGUAUUGAGAAGUCGAAUAGUUGCCUAUCAGAAAAGUCAUAUCAAAGAAAUCGAAGCUCAUCGUCAGAUUGUCACGUCCUCAACCCUGCUUUUGUAAACAACAAAAGUUCUAUACAAGUUCCGGUAGAUGAUGGAUUCCUUAUCCCAGAUUCAAAGUAUGCUACAAAUUCUUACACGGGAAAUAGUAUAGAUGCUAUUGACUCUCAACAAAUUAAUAAGAACUUAAUGAACACGUUGGAGCAGCUAGAAAAGCGUGCAACAACUGAUUCGACAGAGAUUGACUCAUUUUCAAAAGCAGUCCUACUACGGGAACAACGUAGCGAGUCCAACAUCAACGUUGGUGAUACCCAAAGCCAAAAAAUUCAGCCAAAAAUACACGUACUUGACAAUCCAGAUUCGAUUGUAUCAUCAUGUUCUGGCAUACUAAAAUCUAUCAACCCGAAAAAUCAGUUUGCCAAAAAUAAACCCAAGUUUAAACUCUUGAGUACAAAACGGAGGAUACGUCAAAACGAUGACAACGCCACAUCUGUUUACAAUGACAAUUUAAAACAGAAUAAUUCACCUACAAAACCCAUGGAUGAUUCUCGGAGUUUUGUUAUCGAAAUUGAUGAGAAAAAUCAAAAGACAAACGUGCACAAAAUGUUAGGUGCGAAUACCUACAUUCACGAGAAGGCUGAUAUUCCUGAUUUUAACUUAGUUGAAAGACCUAAAGAGAUGGAUAACGAUACAAUAAAAAAAAAAAAAAAAACAAUAGGGAACUCGGCAGAUCAUAUUGAAAUUCGUAUAGACCAUGAACCACUGCCGAAGCAAUGCCAAAAGACAUCCUUAUUCAACGAUGAUCCAAAUGCUUCGUUUUUAGGAAGUCCUAGUUUAUUUGGUGAUAGUCUCAGUCUCGACACACAGUUCUGCGAUGACCUUGAAAAAAAUAUAAACAGUUCGGUGAACAUCGGUAAAGAUACAAAUACAAUUGAUACCGUUUACCAAAAUUCAUCGACCUAUACACCAAACUCCACUUUCAAGGUAGAGAGUGGACGGAACACAUCGACGAUGAUCACAAAGCGAAAUGCCAAUACCGCAGAGCUGAACCUAACAACAAAAACAAUCUCAAGUCACAAACAUAUGGCUACCACGGAUGAUAAUUCAGAAGUCCCAUACUUCAAUCAGCAAAUCCUUAAUAGUGAAGAAAUAAAUUUUUCCUGGAAUAGUACGACUUGGGAUAACCCGACCGUGUCGAGGAACUCGUUCACAAAAUCCAACGGUAUUCGUGAUCAAGCAUGUCAGGUUCCUGGGGGUCCGAAGGGUCUAGUAACAGGAAAUCAUGAUGGCGAGUCGUAUCGAGUCAAUAUGUGUUCUGGAAACCUGCAAAAAAAGUGUCGAACUGUAAUGAGUGAUUUGAAUUUAACUGAUGAGAUCGCGGUAACACCUCCGGUGCAAAAUAGCCGUUUUAAAUCAGUUUCUCCAGAGUCAAACUCAGGUAAUAUUCACGACGUGAAGAUGAUCAAUCAUUCAGACUCUCGUAAACGCCAAUUCAACGAGGCCCACUCGCAAAGCGACAGUAGUCCAGUUCUUAAAGUACUGAAUAUCAGUAGUAAUCGCCGGUUGUCAUUUGAGUCAAAUAAAUCAGAUUCGGACGAUUAUGUCGUUGCGUCACAAAAUUUAAAACCCACCAAAAAUACAGAAAAAAGUCGAGCUAGAUUAAAAUUGGAGUUAUCCAGAAGGGUUGCCUUGGAAACAAAGCAGAGCAAUCCCACACUCGAAGAGUCCCGAAGACAAUCGAAUAUUGUUACAAGCAGAAACAUUGAACUGCUAAGAACAGGUGGCAUAAGUUCUAAAAAGGUGCUGUAUCAAGAGAACUGCAGCACGGAUAGCAUCGUAUCAAAUACAGAUGAAGAUUCUCCGGUGGCUAGAUUCAGAGUGACUCAGAACCUACAUCAAAGGAGUCUAAAUUCAUCAAUUAUUGUUCAAAAAGUUACAAAUUCCAGAAAACGUAAGAAAAAGUGCCUAAGAGCUGACAGUGAAGAAAAUAGAAUAAGUUCCAAUCAAAAAUCGGACUGGAACAUCUUAGAUAUCAUAAAUGUUGCUUGGGAUGAUAAAAUAUUCAAUUUAUUUAGCAGUGAGUUGAAAGGAAAGAGUGAGAUUGCAAUAGCUUUGGCACAAGAUAAGUUUGUCUGCGAUACAUUUGGCAUUGGGAGCAGAUUGGUCGGUGGUGCAAGUGGCAAAAGAAAAGGCUCAAAGAAAAAUGAAAGCUGUAUUUACUCGGACACCAUCGUCAACGGGGUUGCUAUUUCCUGGGGAAGAAACGUUGUCUACUACAUCUCCUUUGAAAAUAAAAAAGAAGACAGCAUACCAUUGAAGGAACGUCUUCAACUAUUACGAGACGUACUCACGAAUUCGUCAGUGAACGUUCGUUGCUAUGGAAGUAAAGACAUAUACAAAACGCUGCAUCUGUGCUGCAACAUCAGUUCCAAUUGUACAUUCCUCGAUCCACAAGUAGCAGAAUGGUUGCUAGAACCCGAUCUUGCCGAAAAGAAACUCAAUGAUAUGGCCAGUAUUUAUUUCCCACAAGGAGUUACCGUCUUGCAGCAUGCUUAUUCUGCUCAAGCUUCUGUAGGUUUCAAUAAGGAAACUGAGCGCUUCGUUUUUGCCAAACACAAAGCUGCUGCAGAGGCUGCGGUAACAUGGUAUAUCACAGGAAAGCUUAUCAGACAGCUACGAUCACAGAGCAUGGGUCUGGCACAAAUAUAUAAAGAUGUGGAGUGCAAAGUUGCAUCAACAUUGGCAAGAUUGGAGCUAACAGGAAUAGGAAUAAAUCUAGAGUCACUUCGAGAACUUUCGACAGUCCUGCAGCGGGAACUAAUGUCCUUAGAACAACGUGCGUUUGCCUUAGCUGGAAGAAGAUUCAGUUUCAACUCUCCGAAAGAAGUUGCACAGGUCUUAGGAAUGUACAAGGGCAUAAAAGUGAGCACCAAUAAGGCCGUGUUAGAAAAUUGCAGUAACCCAAUUUCCAAUUUAGUCGUGUCAUGGCGGAAACUCAACGCAACUCAAACUAAAAUGGUGUUUCCAUUAUUAAGUCUAGCUCAUCAAGGGUCUCGGGUUCAGGGAUGUUGUGUAACACGGACAGCCACUGGCAGAAUAUCCAUGCAUGAACCAAAUUUACAAAAUGUUCCGAGAGAUUUCAGUUCCGAGGAUAACAGUUUUGUAAUUAGCAUGCGCAUGGCAUUUGUUCCUACUUGCGGAAAUAUCAUCCUAUCAGCAGAUUAUUGCCAGCUCGAGUUGAGGAUACUGGCACAUUUUUCCAAAGAUCCCGUGCUGUGCGAAGUUAUGAGAAGAGAUGCUGAUAUUUUUAGGAAUAUCGCUGCACGAUGGAAUCAUAUAUCUGUAGAGGAGGUACAAGAUGAUCUACGUCAACGCACAAAGCAGCUAUGUUAUGGAAUAAUUUACGGCAUAGGUCCAAAGGCGUUGGCGAAACAGUUAUCGGUCACGGAACUGGAAGCUGGUAAGUUCAUGGAAACAUUCCUAGGUACCUAUCCGAACGUACGUACUUGGCUAAGCCAGGUAACAACAGAAAGCCGAGAAAAUGGAUAUGUGAUAACUCUAAUGGAAAGGCGCAGAAAACUGCCAGGCUUGUACAGUGAUGUGAAAAGUGAAAGAUCACAUGCUGAAAGACAGGCGGUAAACACGAAAAUUCAGGGUUCGGCGGCAGAUUUAGCUAAGAAAGCAAUGGUUCUCAUCGACGAAAGACUGCAUUCCGAAUAUCCAGAUGCUCCAAGAGUCUUCUCAGAGAUGAAAACUAGGAAACUUAGAAGCAGUAAGGAUUGCCGGCAACGAGGAGCCUAUCUAGUGCUACAACUUCACGAUGAACUGUUAUAUGAGGUGAAUGCAGCGGACCUUGAUCGGGUUGCAGUCAUAGUGAAAACAUCAAUGGAGGAGGCAUAUCAGCUGUACGUUCCACUGCCUGUUAAAAUUAAAGUCGGUCCCACAUGGGGUAGCCUAACCGAAUAUAAAGUUUAGGAUCAAAGUAA